UACGUGAGAAUGAAUCUGAUUGAUGCAACUCACGAGCAAGCGCUCUUGUGCUAAGGCGCGAGAUUUAAACAGUUAUACUACUACAAAUAUUUAGGUCCAGUGAAUUAAAAAGUGCUAUAAGGCACAAAACGUGUACUCUGUUCUUAGUUAAUAUAGGGUUAUGACUUUAUGUCAGAAGCCAGAAAAUGCAACCGGGAACAACGAUAUUUCAAGAUAGCACUGCUGACUGCUAUUUGUUGCAGUGCUUAUUUUAGAAAUGGAUUAUAUCUAUGGCAAAAUGGAGACACGAUUUUUUCUAUCUGAGCACACUAGAAUCAAGAACUCUUCCGGUAAUGUCUCCGACAGAAGUACCUUUUAUGCGGAGAACCUACUAACGUUAGAGACGGACAGCAGAAUCAAAACGCAGGUACAUCCAAAACACAACAGGCUAAAACGAGCGAAAACACAAACAAGAUCGGAGAAUUUCACUGGCUACGGAAACACUCCCACCCAUGUAACUAAGGCCACCGAGUCCUGGUCAAUUUGUGAUGAUAUUCUAAAUAACCGUAAAGGAAAAUUAUUUACAGAUGCUAACGUUACUGGCAAUGAAGACAAUUCAGCUCUUCCUCCUGCAUCAUUAGAUCUUCUCACAGAAAGCGUAAGAAAAGAAGGACACCAUUCUCAAACGCUGCAAAAAGUUUCUCAAAUGCAAAACGAGGGAUAUAUGAAAUGCAGUAAACUUCCAUUAAAGAUGAUGAGCAGCGAUACGAGUUUGCAGUUCGUCCCCAUUCCUGCAGGGAGAGAACGUGGCUCAAGUGACAAAAGCUUAAAAUACAUUGAUUGUUUUAGAGCUGAUAAAGAGGGGUUGCCCAACUGUUUACGAAUGAACACCAGUGACAAGAACCUACUGGAUCUGCCAGAGGUGAACAUUAACAAUGGACAAAUACCACAGAGCACUAAACAUGGUACUGGCCAAGCCCUGGCUCUCAUCACUCAUCCGGCUACUCAGCGCAUCUGUGUCAGCCCCCUCAGAGAAAUGAAAUCUGGAUGGAGAAAUGAAUUUGGCAAUGAAAUGAGCAGUGAGUUGCUGGAAGAGAUUCAGACACUCAAUUUGCAGUUUCCUGUCCACAGGUUCUUCACUCUUCUCCUGAAGAAGAGAACUGCACCUAAGGAGGAUAUUUCCGCUUUUGUCUGCCAUUUAUUUUCAGAAGCAGAUGAAAUUGAUGAUUCCAAGCAUCUUUCAGCUUCUGACCAGAGAAAGAGAAAACAAGAGUUGGAGGAACAGACCUGUGGCAGGACAUACAAACGUCACAGGACAAAUAAAGACUGUGUUUCUGCCGAUAAGUUGUACUUUGAACAAUUUUCAGAUGGUUUGGUCCCCUCUCAUGCAAAGUACAGAAACAGACUGAGCCGAACAAAACGGAGGCAACAACAACCUAGAUUCUGUGCUGUAGUCACUGAACCAGUGCAGAAUGAAUCUGCUCAUCAGGACCCAUGGCCUAGUCAUCUACGAAGAGAGGAUGUUCUCUGGACAGACAAAUAUCAGCCUCAACAGUCUAUCGAAGUCAUUGGCAACUCUGCAUCAGUAGGGCAACUACACAGCUGGUUGAAAGAAUGGAAAAUAAGAGCAGACACCGAGGAGAGGAGAAGAAGACAAGAAGAAAGAAGGAUGAAGAUAGAAAAUAGUCAUGAGUCAUGGGACUGUGGUGAUUUUGAAGGUGAUACUGUAUCCAUAGACCAUGAACAGGAGCUGUGUAACACAGUGCUCAUGAUUGGUCCAUCAGGAGUGGGCAAAACGGCUGCUGUGUAUGCCUGUGCACAACAGCUGGGAUUCAAGGUGUUUGAGGUGAAUAGCUCAGUUCUGCGCUGUGGGCGUCUCAUACUCUCCCAGCUGACAGAAGCAACUCAGUCUCAUCAGGUGGACAUUCAGAAAAUGAAAACCCUCAAAUCUGAAAUCAUUAAUCUAAGCAAAAUUAAACUUGAUCCACCUUGCAAGAAAGGCAAUAUGAAUCAUCUAAGGAAGACUUCUAGUUCUAGCAUUUCCCGUCUAGGCACUAAACCACAGCCAGUAAAACUAACUCGCUUUUUCAAGUUGAGUAGCAAAAAGUCUGUAGGUAAAACCUCUGAUGGUCCUGAACAUUAUAUAUAUGCUGGCAAACUGAAACCAGAUGGGAUUCAGAAAUCAAUGUCUGGUUUUAAGGACAAAAGACAAGGUGAUCAAGAAUCAACAUGUCCUACUUCACUUGGACAGAGCCGAACAGUCCCCAUGUCACUUAUACUAUUUGAGGAGGUUGAUGUCAUUUUCCCUGAAGAUGUUGGAUUUCUUGCAGCUAUUAAGACUUUCAUGAGCACAACCAAAAGACCAAUAAUCCUGACAACCAAUGACCCAUCAUUUAGCGGAAGACUUAAGGGGCAUUUUGAUGAAAUCCAUUUCCAAACUCCUUCACUGGAGACCAUCAGGAGCUAUCUGCAGUGUUUGUGUGUGGUGGAGAACAUGAGGACCGAUCCAGAAGACGUGGCCUUUUUGCUGUGUCAGAAUAAAGGGGAUAUCAGACAGAGUAUUCUCCAGCUUCAGCUCUGGGCCUGUAGCGGUGGAGGGAGCACAGAACUGCAAAUUCUCAAGAACAUACUCAAAUGUGAAUCCUGGACUGAGUUGGAAAACAGCAGGUAUCUGGAGAUCCUGGCAGAGAAAAUGGGAGCAGGUCUAUUGUACUCUAACAUCGAAAGUCUAUUUUCUCCACACUUCUAUUUUCAAUCUUAUUAUCAGAAACAGUCAAUAAAUCACAAGACGAAAGAAGAAAAGCCUAUCAAAGACUUGUUAAAGACCUCCACAAAUGUACGUGAGGUUAGACCAGACAGGCUCUCUACAUGCAGAAGAAAAAAACAUUUGUCAUCUUGUGAACCAACAACUUUUUCUAACCCACAUCUCAAACUUUUCUCUUCGGAUGCAUCCGAUAAGUCCUCAGCCCCUUCAAAACAAACAAAACAUUUGGCUUCCAAAACAGAUGUCCAUGGACAAGAUGAAUCAUUUGUUCUGGUUUUUCAGCACAUGGUGUGCAUUGCAAAGUUUUUUGAAAACAUGUCUUUUCUGGAUGCUUAUUUACAAAGACCAUCUGUCAGAGGAACUGGACUUUGUAAGUCGGAACCUCAUAGUUGGAUGGGCGCCUCAUUGAAGGAUGGCUUAUUGGACUUACCAAGAGAGGAGCAGAUUGGACAAAGUUAUGAGAAUUCAUCACAGAUAUUGGGCAUUGUGGAAGGUUUGGGUUUCCAUCAGUGUCGGACUGAACUCUCUGGGAUCUGGACGGAAGCUGCUAAACCAAGGGAGGAGUUGUCUUCAGAGAAAUGGGAACAAAUGAUUUAUGACCUGUCUCUGCCAUCUGACAAAAAAAACCUCAGAAUGUGUCAAUGCAAAUUCUGUGAACCUAGUGGUGUCCAAAAGCGCAAUGAGAUUGUAUCCAAUCUGAUCUCCAGCAAAAAGUUAUAUUGUCAUAGUAAUAAACAUGUUCUUUCCAUGGACUACCUGCCCACUAUGCGUUCAAUCUGCAGAGCUGAGAAAGUUAAAGAACAGUGCUCUUUAAGACAUUCACACUACCUCUCAAGCCUUCACCUGCCCAGAAGCUUGCUGGAAUUCAUGGCCUUGGAUUUCCCCUGAUUUGUGAUUGACAUACAUACUGCUUUAGAAAAUCCUCCAUAGCUUCUAAACUGUUUACUGUAUUGUGACAUGAGUGUGACUUGUGUUUAUAGAUUGUAGAGUCACAGAAAUAUUUGUAUGCUAGAUCAUUUAUUUUUGGAAAAUAAAGAAAUAUAUUUUUCUCAUUA